GGGCAGGAUCGGGUGGAUUUUGGCCAGGCUGAGCCCCACACGGUGCUUUUCCACGAACCCGGCAGCACCUCCGUGUGGGUGGGUGGGCGCAGCAAGAUCUACCUCUUCGACUUUCCCGAGGGCAAGAACGCCUCCGUGCACACAGUGAACAUUGGCUCCACCAAGGGGUCUUGCCAGGACAAGCGGGACUGCGAGAACUACAUCACACUCAUAGAAAGGCGGAGUGAGGGUCUGCUGAUUUGUGGCACCAAUGCGCGGCGCCCUAGUUGCUGGAACCUGGUGAAUGGUUCUGUGAUUGCGCUUGGGGAGAUGAGAGGUUACGCCCCGUUCAGCCCAGAGGAAAACUCCUUGGUCCUGUUUGAAGGGGACGAGGUCUACUCCACCAUUCGGAAGCAGGAGUACAAUGGGAAGAUACCCCGAUUCCGCCGAAUCCGUGGCGAGAGCGAACUGUACACCAGCGACACAGUCAUGCAGAACCCCCAGUUCAUCAAGGCCACGGUGGUGCACCAAGACCAGGCUUACGACGACAAGAUCUACUACUUCUUCCGAGAGGACAACCCGGACAAGAACCCUGAGGCUCCUCUCAACGUGUCGCGCGUGGCUCAGUUGUGCAGGGGGGACCAGGGAGGUGAGAGCUCCCUGUCGGUGUCCAAAUGGAACACGUUCCUGAAAGCCAUGCUGGUGUGUAGCGACGCCGCCACCAACAAGAACUUCAACCGGCUGCAGGACGUCUUCUUGCUCCCUGACCCCAGUGGCCAGUGGAGAAACACCCGGGUCUAUGGCGUCUUCUCCAACCCCUGGAACUACUCGGCCGUGUGCGUGUAUUCCCUCGGCGACAUCGACCGGGUUUUCCGCACGUCCUCACUCAAGGGCUACCACGCGGGCCUUCCUAACCCUCGACCUGGCAAGUGCCUCCCAGACCAGCAUCCUAUCCCUACCGAGACCUUCCAGGUGGCCGACAGCCACCCCGAGGUGGCUCAGAGGGUGGAGCCCAUGGGACCCCUAAAGACGCCAUUGUUCCACUCUAAGUACCAUUACCAGAAAGUGGUCGUCCACCGCAUGCAAGCCAGCCACGGGGAGACCUUCCGCGUGCUUUACCUAACCACAGACAGAGGCACCAUCCACAAGGUGGUAGAAGCAGGAGAGCAGGAACACAGACUCGUGUUCAACAUCAUGGAGAUCCAGCCUUUCCGCCGGGCGGCCGCCAUUCAAACCAUGUCCCUGGAUGCUGACAGGCGGAAGCUGUUCGUGGGCUCCCAGUGGGAGGUGAGCCAGGUGCCCCUGGACCUGUGUGAUGUGUACGGCGGUGGCUGCCAUGGCUGCCUCAUGUCCAGAGACCCGUACUGCGGCUGGGAUCAGGACCGCUGUGUAUCCAUCUACAGCUCCCACCGCCCAGUGCUGCAGGCUAUUAAUCCGGCUGAGCCACACAAAGAAUGUCCCAGUCCCAAACCAGACGAAGCUCCACUGCAGAAGGUAUCACUGGCCCAGAACUCCCGCUACUACCUGAGCUGCCCCAUGGAGUCCCGCCACGCCACCUACUCUUGGCGUCACGAGGAGAGUGUGGAGCAGAGCUGUGAGCCGGGCCACCAGAGCCCCAGCUGCAUCCUGUUCAUCGAGAACCUCACGGCCCGGCAGUACGGCCACUAUCGCUGCGAGGCCCAGGAGGGCUCCUACCUCCGCGAGGCCCAGCACUGGGAGCUGCUGCCCGAGGACCGCGCCCUGGCCGAGCAGCUGAUGGGCCGCGCAGGGGUCCUGGCCACCUCUCUCUGGCUGGGGAUCCUGCCUACGCUCACUCUGGGCCUGCUCUUCCACUAGGUCUGCAAGAACUGGGCAGAGCCCAGACUCCCACAGCCCACGGAGUGUGGGAGGCGGGGGGGGGGUCCCCCAAACAUCUCCUGCUCAUAGCCCGCUGGCCCCAGAAGCCACAGGCCCAUCCAUCAGCUCUUCCACGGAGACUGAAUGACCCAGUGGAGGCAAAAGGCCUGGAGCUGUCCAGCCGCGGGCGGCUGUUGGGCCAGGUGGG